CUUUGGUUGUGUGUUUGUGUGGUCAACUCUGUGAACUGGGAUAGCUUAUUGCAUACCUUUUUUACUUCUAAUCAACCUGAUUGUAUCGCCAUUCGGUUUCUUUCAUCGAUAAUUCUUCAACUCAACGUACUUCAGAUUCGGGUAUAUUAAUUGAUUUUGAUUAAUUAUAAUUAUAUAUUCGAGUCUAUAGCAUCUCGAAGAUGUCACCAAUACGUGUGUAUUCUGCAAUGUGUUAGCACAAUACAAGGUUCAAAAGACGCAGCGGUUACAGAUUUUUCAAACAAGGUUCCGCUUGUUGAAAAAGUGUCGUAGUUGGCUGGAUAGAAGAGCUAUUUGUCGUCAGAUUUGAUCGGUGGUUCGAGUUACAUCAGUGUUGGGUUGAUUUAAUCGUACGAGAUGGAAAGAAGAAAAUAUUCGACGUCCGGUGAUUCGCUGUAUGCUAUACUCGCCUUACCAAAAACAGCUUCCUCGGACGAUAUUAAGAAAACCUAUCGCAAGUUAGCUCUUAAAUACCAUCCGGACAAGAAUCCAAAUAAUCCUGAAGCUGCUGAUAAGUUUAAGGAUGUAAACCGAGCUCACGCAAUUUUAAGUGACGAUACAAAGAGAAAUAUCUACGAUAAUUAUGGAUCACUUGGAUUAUACAUCGCUGAGCAGUUCGGAGAAGAGAAUGUUAACACGUAUUUUUUGGUCACGUCCGUUUGGUGCAAAGCAUUUUUAGCCUUCUGCGGAGUAAUUACCGGUUGUUAUUGCUGUUGUUGCUGUUGUUGUUGUUGUAAUUAUUGUUGCGGUAAAUUGAAACCUAAACCUCACGACGAGUCUGGAACUUAUCAAAAUUUGAAUGGCUCCAAACCCAUAUUUCAAGUACAGGUACGGGUAUCACAACAGGUAUCCGAACAUGUAUCCGUGCAGCAUUAUCCCUCAGAGAAUCCGACCGAAGACAGACGCCAAGUCGUCAUCACCGAACAGCCCAAACCAACAAAGGAAGAAAGCGAAGACGACGUGUUAGCUGGUAGAAGUACUAAGGAUGAAAAUAUUGUUACGUCGCAACCUACCAAUAAUGCGACUAGUUCUACUAAUCCUUUCGCCGCUUACGCAAUGCCUCCUCCAUCCGGGGUAAGUGCCACAGAAAAUACGUCAUUGAAAUCGUCCGAUAAAGUUUCUUACGCAACUGGAGUGAAUCAAAACUAGCCAAAUGCAGCCGAUUUCGCCGUCAUCGAAGGCUGAUGUCGAAUGAUACAACAAAUUAUUUAUUCUACGUGUAAGUGUUUGUAAUCGUCGUCGAAGACCGACGUUGACAGCAGCCCAUCAAAUUUGUUAAUCUUUGCACGAUAGUGCGUUUCGCGUCGCGUACCACUAUUAGCCCAGUUAAUCUAAUUUUUUUUCUCCUUUUUUCGUGUAUAACAUGUACCUCUUACCUAAUACAGCCUCUCGCCGCCGAUAAGUCUUUUAUAAGUCGACUAAUCAUCACAUAUUGGAGACGAAAUUUGUAAAUUUCACCACGACACGACAUCGAAUUCGAAAGAAAUAAAAAAAUAAGUCAGCGGCGGUUUUUCUUUUUUCCUCUUUUUUCUCAUCUUUAAUUACCUUUUAUUAUUAUUACGCUAUCAUGAUUAUUAUUAUUAUUUUUAUUUUUAAUUAUUAUUACUAAAUUAUACGAGUAUAUCGGUAUCAUUAUUUAAUCGGAUAAAUCGAAAUACUGUAUCUGAUUUUUCCCCUUUUUUUUCUCUUUUCUUUCCUGCCUCGUUUAUUUAUUUUGUUUCAAUAUUUAAUAAUAUAAAUGUUCGUUUAUUCGUUCAAGGAUCGCCCCACGAAGCGAAUUUUAAUAUUUUAUUUUAAAGCUUUAUUUUUUUCGAUUGUCACCACAACGAUGUUUUGACGACUAAUUGAAUGUUUUGUUAUUUAAGCGUACCUUAUUUAUUCCUUCUCCGCGAUGUAUUCGUUUGUCUUUUUACAAAAAAAAUACGAGUAAUUCCUUCUCUCUUGUUUUGUUUUCGGACAAUGUAUGUUUUGUUUUAAAUGUAUGUACGUGUUACUAUCUUAUAUAAUAUAUAUAUAUGUUAUAAAGCAUUGUUGUAGAAUAUUAUAUAGACGAUACCUAUUUUGUGAGUAUAAUAAUACUAACAUAGGUUGUUUUAGUCCUUUUGUGUAUUAUGGUACGUGUUAAAAUUACUUUCCAUGGAAACUAGUCUCUUUAUGGUGACCCAAUAACGCUUUAAUUUGGAUUAAGUUUUCACCCAAUUGGCGCGUUUUUAUUUUCCUUUUUUUUUUUUCAAUUUAUAUCAACAUAUUAUUAUAUAUUAUUAUUUUCAAAUCGAGUCUGUACGAUUGGUUUUUUUUUAUUUUCUGUAUCUUCGUUCCCUAAAUUUUAAUAAUUUAAUUGAUUUAAUGAUGUAUUCUUCUAUACGCAUUAUAAAUAUUUCACGAAGUUAUGGCAGCCAAGUCACGUGUUUUUAUUAUUACCUGCUUAUAAGCACGUGUUGUUUUUUGUUUCGCGAGCUUUUUUACGUUUAUUUUGGGCGCAGACGGCUUUUUAUUUAUGAACAAAAAAAUAUUUUGUUUGUUUGGUUUAUUAAUUUGUAAUUUUACAUACUCGUAUUAUACAUACCUUUACAUGUAAGAACGUAUGCGCACGCGUAUAAGUACUACAUGUUCGUAAAGGUUAUACCCUUUUUUUUCUCUCUCUUUUUUUUCUUCAUUUACCAUGUUUAUUGGAAAUGUUUAUUUUCAUUCAAUGCGUAGAGAUACGACUACGUUCUUUAUAAUCAUUGUACUUUUACUGAAAGUAAAGUAUUUCACUGAUUUA